ACCACCUAGCUAACGUUACUAUGCAAUUUGCAGUAACACCAAGGCUGUGCUUCGUUGAGAAAUAUAAUGUAACGCCAGUGUUAAGUAGUUAUAUCGUUUUGCAGUAGCUAAACUAUGGUUGGUUCCCAUUUAGCACGUCUGCGGUACGACACCGGUAAUUCGAAUGCAUUAUAUUAAUCACGUUGUGUUAACCUACUUUUUAUUUAAUCUCACACUUUAAACAUUUUGCGCCGCGGCCCACCUACCUUGUAAAUGAGCUAGAGUAUUGGAUUUCUAUCUUGUUUUUCCUUACGUCUUUGGCUAAACUUUCACCAAACCAGCUAUGUUUGGUUUACACGUCGCAGAAAAAGAAUAACAAUUUGAUAACAGACUGACAAACGUUAACGUCAAACAUGAAGAGGACCAGAGGCGGUGCUGAUGAGGAAUCUCCCCGGCAGAAUGGUUCUGCUGGCCGAAGGAAAGGAUCCCAACAGCAAGGUGACGGGGACGACGGUGGCUUGGCCAUCGGCCCACCUGACCUGCAAGACGAGGACAAUGACCCGGGACUCAGGAGAGAAAUACGGAGCAAGUACAGGGACCUCAUCAAUUCAGUGACGCAGAAUAGGGAAGAUAUGCUGAGUCCCUCCAACAACAAGCUCACUGAAGUUUUACAAGAGGCAGUCAAACUUUUUAAAGAUGUCCGACAGCCGAGAGAAGCAGCUCUGGAUGCCCACCUCCUUGUUGUCGCCACAGACCUGGGAAAUGAGAAAGCCAGCCAGCUGUUCACUGAAGGCACUACUUUCGAUCCCACUGCUUUUUCUGAGCAUCUUCUGUCCUUCAUGGGUCUCAACCGACUAGAAGACGAUGAGGAUGAGCAGCAGAACGGCGGUGCAGUUGAUGGCUACCUGCCCCAGGAUGCUUGGCACCGAGUGGCCAGGAGAGCAGAGUGCUGUUUCAGGACGGCACCCUCGUUCCAUUACAUGAUGGGUUCAUUCCAUGCAGAGCCGCCUCCUCCAAAGCAAAGGAUAGAACGGCAACGGAAGGCACCUAGCAAGGAAGCCAAAAGGAUAAUGCCUACUCAGCUGAAGAAAAUGGAAGACUCUCAUCAAGAAGCGACAGAGAAAGAGGUGGAAAGGAUCCUGGGAUACCUGAAGAGUUAUUACCAAGACGAUCCGACAUCACCGAUAUCGUAUUACGAGUUUGUCAUCGACCCCAUCUCAUUUUCCCGGACAGUGGAGAACAUUUUCCACAUGUCUUUUCUCAUCAGGGAUGGGUUGGCACGGAUGUAUUUGGAUAAUGACAAAUUGCCUUGCAUAGCGCCCGUAGAGGAGGGAGAGGUGGAUGCUGGAGGAUCGUACAGCCGUAAACAGUGCAUUGUCUCUAUCAGCCCAAAAAUAUGGAAGGAGCUCAUAGAAGCCUUCGAUAUCAGAGACACAAUGAUUCAGCCUCCAAACACGCAGAAUGAGUGAUGGACCCUGCUACUUUUUGCUAGCUGAAACCCAGCAUUGUUUUUAGGUGUGCUACUGUUUUUUUUUUUUUAAACAUUUCUAAAUAAUAAAAACAAAUUGUUAGAAAUUUGCAAAUGCCAAAUUCCAGUAUAUACCACUCUUGUAAACACAUAGCAUAGUUACUGUGAGAUCCUAAGUACUCAGUUGCACAUUUUGUUUUUAUAUUUACUUUUUACUGUUUUUAGAAGUUAAAAUAAUAAAAGAAAUCAAAUAGAAA